UACUUUAAAGUUCACUAACUUCUUUCUUUGUAGUGUCAGAAAGAGAGUUGUGAACACGUAUCAUCAGCAUCUGAGGAAACACAGUGACCCCCUUGCGAGGCUGAGUGACGACGAGGCUGAGGGGAUGAAUAUUUCAGAUUGUGACCCAUAUUGAGGAGGAAAUGCGACUAGCUCAGCUGUGCGUCGGCAGGGAGGCAGUUUGCUGUCAACCCGUCGCUUUCUAAGGGCACAAAUGGCAGCAAGAGUGAAAAAAAGCCAGAGCAAAACAGAGAAAGCACACCGCGGAGAAGGGAGUGUCCUGCUUCUCGGAGCUGCUAGCGAGCGAGCACUGCUCUCCACACAGCCACGAGGAAUCGCCCGAGGAGGAGAACGGAGGGGGAAGCGUCUCUGAACGAAAACUCACUAGAAAAGGCACUUUCCUGCUGCUGAGAAGUCCUUGUGGUCGGUCAGGGCAAUGACUGUGCCCUCGGCCCAUGAGUUUCACUGGCAGAGCCUGGCCCGCCUCUCCAGCGGACGCGUCUACCACUCGCUGGCUGAGGUGGGGGGUCAGCUGUACAUGCUGGGGGGCUGUGAUGCUGCUGGAAGACCCACCACUUCACUGGAGCUCUACUCUCCAGAGGUAGACCAAUGGGUCAGCUUACCUCCUAUGCCCACCGCCAGAGCUGGGGCGGCUGUUGCAAUCUUGGGCAAGCAGCUCCUCGUGGUGGGAGGCGUAGGAAAGGACCAGCGCCCGCUGAAGGUUGUAGAGGUGUACAACACAGAAGAGGGCAAGUGGAAGAAGAGGUGUUCACUGAGGGAGGAACUGAUGGGAGUCUCCAUCACUGUUAAAGAUGGCAGAGCUUUUGCCGUCGGGGGAAUGGGAGCAGACCUGCUGCCCAGAAGCGUUCUGCAGCAGUACGACCUUCGCAAGGACGUCUGGGCCCUUCUGCCCCCCUUGCCCACUCCCCGCUAUGAUACGAGCAUCUGCCUUCAGGGAUCCAAGAUAUACGUAGCAGGUGGGCGUCAGUGUAAGCGUUCUGUGAAAGCUUUUGAAGUCUUUGACAUGGAUAGCCGCACCUGGUCCUCUUUACCCAGCCUGCCCUGUAAGCGGUCCUACUCCGGGGUGCUGUGGGAUAGCACCGGACGCCUCUGCUGGCUGGGAGGCCUUCGCCAAGGAGGAAUCCAUCAGAGCUCAAAGUUCACCAAAAAUGUCAACAUCUUCGACCCCAACCAAGGAUCAUGGAUGAGGUCUGAAGACACUGUUUCCAUGAAAACCAAGCGGGCAGACUUUGCAGCAGCCAUAAUACGAGGGAGAAUGGUCGUGGCAGGAGGAUUGGGUCAUCAGCCCUCAGUGCUGGACACCGUUGAGGCCUUCCAUCCCGAAAAGAGGAAGUGGGAAACUCUGGCACCCAUGGCGAACCCACGCUGCUCCGCCUCCACCAUCAUGAUCCGCGACCGCCUGUUGGUGGUGGGAGGAGUCAAUCAAAUCCCAAGCUCAGCCAAUGAGAUUCUUUACGUAAAGGAGGAGGAAAUUCUUUAGCCAUGCACGUCUGUAGCCUAUGUGAAGUUGCCUUCAGCAUGUCAGUAGAGUUAGCCUGAACAAGCUAGCCUAUUGUAGAGAAGUGGAGACGCUACUUUUGUCAAUAGGAAGAUGAUGCCAUCGUCCAACCAGGUCCUGUUCUACCUGUCAAACAGCAAAGCACAAAAAAAAGUCUUGGGACAGUAAGACAGUAUUUUUUUUGGUUGUUAUUGUUGUUUCGUUGCCAAAUGUUACCUCCUAUCGUCGUGCUUUACAACACACACACAAACUCACACACAUACCUAUAGCAAGACAAUCCACUCCUGAAGUCUUACCAUGUAGGAAAACGACGAAUACUGUAGAUCUAGACGAACUACAAGCAUGUGAGAUUGUAGACGAUGUAUACUGUAUUUAUAUCUCACUGAUUUGUACGUGGAGUCUGUGUACUAAGAGGUAUUUGCAGGGUAUUUUUUUGUAGCUACACACAAAAAUUGUCAGGUAGCCAGGUAGCUCUCGAUUCGUCUGGAGUGUUCCUUCUGCAAAGUGGCAUUUUGUUUUCUUCUCACAAAGUGAGGUUAAUAGCCGGAACAGGUACACAGUUGAGGUAGCCUAAUCGUGUUACUUGUUGUGUCAGCUGUUUUUUGUGCCUGCGGUUUGUGCAAGACGUAUUGUAAAGAAUUGUGAUAGGAUAUGAGCAUCUGACUGUUUCAGAGUUCUUCUCAUCUCGUCAGAUAUAUAUAUAUUCAGUUGAUUCACAUUUUUCAGUCAGUAUGUCUAGCGGAAAUGCCAAGUAAUUUAUUCAAACCCAAAUCAGAAGUUGAAACAGUAAAACAAACAAAACACAGUGUUUCUUACAUUUAUUUUGACUUAUAGUUCAUUACAGACAGUAUGAACCCAAAAUAUUUCAUAUAUAAAUAGUUUUAUUGGCUCAAUUUCAUUUAAUUUGUUAAUAUACACCCAUUCCUGUUUUUCUCCAAGACACAACAACCAUCUACAGGGGUUUGACAAUGAAACUGAAACACCUGUCAUUUUAGUGUGGGAGGUUUCAUGGCUAAAUUGGAGCAGCCUGGUGGCCAAUCUUCAUUAAUUGCACAUUGCACCAUUAAGAGCAGAGUGUGAAGGUUCAAUUAGCAGGGUAAGAGCACAGUUUUGCUCAAAAUAUUGCAAUGCACCCAACAGUAUGGGUGACUUAUUAGAGUUCAAAAGAGGACAAAUUGUUGAUCAAAUCUGUGACCAAGACAGCAAGUCUUUGUGCUGCAUCAAGAGCCACGGUAUCCAGGGUAAUGUCAGCAUACCACCAAGAAGGACGAACCACAUCCAACAGGAUUAACUGUGGACGCUGUAAGAGGAAGCUGUCUGAAAGGGAUGUUCGGGUGCUAACCCGGAUUGUAUUCAAAAAACAUAAAACCACGGCUGAUCAAAUCAGUGUACACCUUCCUGUUUUCACCAGAUCUGUCUCUGUCACCACAAUAAAUUAUUGUGGUCUAAACCAGGUGUUUCAGUUUCAUUGUCCAACCCCUGUAAAUCAUACUUGUGCUGGAAGCACAGAGAAGAUUUGGCCUUUGCCUUUAACCAUCUGUGCAGUGAAAAAACACACAGUGGUUUUGUGAGAACACAUGCCCGGCGCGUUGGGCAGCCGAGGAAAAAUAGGAGUUAUGGGCUUGGUCAAGGGCCCAUCCAUGCAGUUGUCAGCAAGCCAAUGCAAAACCACGUGCUGCACACAAUACAAAGGCUUGGCUGUGAAAGAAAAGGGCACAUACAGAGGCUGGUCUGGUCUGUUUGCAGGUCUAACAUAAGCUUAAAUGUUUGUAGGAAGAAUUUGACAAAAUAUUAGCCUGAAACACUUCAUCGCUUGGUGUUUUCGGUGCCAAUACUUCCUUUAGAAAUUAAUUAAAUGAGGAAUAGCAACAUUAGGCUUUACUGUCACAAAAAUGUUUUUUUUUUUUAUGGAUUGUGUUGCAGACCUGAAAUGGAUGGUUUAUUAAUAAUUGAAAUCAAUGAAAAUGUAACAAACAACGCAUGAAACACAUGUGCAUCUCAAAAGAAUAGAAUAUCAUUGAAACGUUAUUUUAUUUCAGUAAUUCAUUUCAAAACGUGAAACUCAUAUGCAACCCACAAGUCAGUUUCUCAGAAAAUUAAAAUAUUAAGUAAGACCAAUUGGUACUUUUGGCAGUGUGGACAGUGUGCCAGAUACUGCUGGAAAAUGAAAUCUGCAUAUUGAUAAAUGUUGUCAGCAGAGGGAAGCAUGAAGUGCUGUAAAAUCUCCUGGUAGACACUGAACUGAUUUUGGAGGGACAUGUCAUCUGCUGGUGUUGGUCCACUGUGUUUUAUUAAGUCCAAAGUCAGGGCAGAGUUUACAGCACUUCAUGCUUUUCUCUGCUGACAACUUUUAUGGAGCUGCAGAUUUAUUUUUUCAGCAGGACUUGCCAUAAUCCAUAAUCAUCAACAAUAAAAGAAAUAAACGCUUAAACUAGAUCACUCUGUGUGUAAUACAACCUAAAUAAAGUAACUUUUUAAUGAUAUUCACAUUUUAUGAGAAUCUCCUGUAUUUUGGGUUCAUUCUGUCUUUUUUCUGUUAUCCUUUCUGAUUUUGGGUUGUACAGAGCUAUUGUGUUAUUAUAUUGUGUACUGUAUAAUAUACACUAUAUUGCCAAAAGUAUCUGCUCGCCUGUGAGCAUUGCGUGAUGGUGAUGCGAGGCAUGGAUGUAGCUUAUUGGCCAUGGAAACCCAUUCUAUGUAGCUCUGCAAGCUCUAUGAUUAACGAGUUAAUCUGAAGACCACUCUUGUCAGUGUAAUUUUAGAUUGACAGAGUGAUGAAAUGCUGUAGUUCCCAGUUGCUUCCACUUGUUAUAAUAUCACUGACAGUUGACUGUGGAAUAUUUAGUAGAACUUGUUGCACAGGUGCUGCAUUCUAUCACGGUCCCACACUGGAGUUUACUGAGCUGAGAGAGACCCAGUCCUUCACUAAUGUUUUUAGGAGCAGUCCACAUGCCUAGGUGCUCUUUUUUUAAUACACCUGUGGUCAUGGAAGGGAUUAAAACACCUGAGUUUAAUAAUUUGGAUGGGUGAGCUGAUACUUUUGGCAAUUAUGUCCAAUUUGUUUGGCAAUUUAGUGUAUUUACCAGACGUUUACUAUAUAUAUGGUCAGAGAAAGCGGAGUUAAUAUAUUAGUGGAUAAAGAAAUGUUUGUACAGAAAGGUGUUUACUGAAUGUAUUACUGAGGUAUAACUAAGAUAAGCUCGAGUCUGCAAGGAAAGGCUCACCUUGAUGCACUUAAUUUAGAUAAGAACCACCAAUCCGCGACAUAAGCAACCAUUUCACUUUUGCUAAGAAUCAGAACAUCAGCGUUCCUUCAAUAAAGCGACACAAGUUAUGGAAAUCGCAGCAAUAAAAGUCCAGCACAAUGUAACAAACCCUUCGAUCUUUUGUAGAAAGGAGUGCACUGUUGCAUUUCAGCCAUUAAAGGAACCACAUUUCUCA